AUCUAUCAUACUUGUCACCAUCCAUAAUUCUCAUAGCUCGGUGAGGAGGAAGAUGGGUGUCGUAGUCGCCAUGGCCAGGCAUCUUGAUGCAUUGAUCGGCCCUGUGGUGAUGCUGCUUUAUCCUCUAUACGCAUCGAUGCGGGCGAUCGAGAGCCCUUCGCCUGUUGAUGACCAGCAGUGGCUGACCUAUUGGGUGCUCUACUCGCUCAUCACCCUCUUCGAGCUCUCCUGCUGGACAAUGCUACAGUGGUUUCCUCUGUGGCCGUACAUGAAGCUGGUGUUCUGCGUCUGGUUGGUGCUUCCCAUCUUCAACGGAGCCGCCUACAUCUACGAGAACCACGUCCGGAGGUACGUCAACCUCGGCGGCACCGUCAGCUCCAGCUACUCGGAUCGGCAGCGGCGCGUGAUGCAGACGCUCAGCCUCGACGCCAGGAAAUCCGUCGAACGGUUCGUCGACGUUUAUGGACAGGAAGCCUUCGAGAGGGUCGUCAAGGCAGCGGAAAGAGAAGCGAGGGGUCAGCCAGCGAAAGUGAUGCCAAGAGCUUCUUCUGUCAGUGUGGAUGCGUAGUUGAAGUGAGAAGAGGAUGAAUAAACAUUCUAAAAGGACAGUGUGUGCCAAUGCAAGUCCCUCUCUUCAUCCAUGUCGUUAUUGCCUUUGAACCCAACCAUUUCAGCUCAUCAUGGCAUUUGCAAAUGAACUCCUUCAUCUCUGGGCAAGAAAUUUCAGCUUUUUAUUAUUAUUUUAAAUAAGAAAAAAGCAAAAGGCUCUCUUUUCAAAA